AUGUUGUUAGUGAACGCCACAAGUCUAAACAACCCCCUCCAAAUGGGGAUAUCAGAGGCAGGUUUCAACAUCCUCCUCCUCUACCACUCCCUGGCUACUCUAACAGGACUGGUAGGUAACUCCCUCGUGCUCUACGGCUCCAUCAAGUACAACAGUCUCUCUGUAGACUCUGUCUCUAUAGUCCUGUUGGAGAGUUUAGCAGCACUGGAUCUCACAGUGGUUGUCUUCUUCAUGUCUUCUGUGUGGCUGUCUAUGAUAGCUAAGAAGUGGGUAUUAGGAACAGUGGGUUGCUGGAUCUACGGUUUCAUGGGUUACAUCAGCUCUCUGGUGGAGAUGCAGGUUGUAGCUACAAUCUCCCUCCACCGGCUCCUCAGUCUCCUAGCUCCCUUCACUGCCCGGUCUCUUAAUAAACGGCACGCUUUCAUCGUAGUGGGGCUCCUGGUCAGCAUAGGUGUUGUGUUUCAGAGUUGUUACCACACUGUUGGAGCUUUCUACGUCUUUGACACCAAGAUGGGUUCCUGUGAGAUCUCAGUAACUUCCGCCCCCACACAAGCAACAGUAACCUAUCUUCUGUCUGGGGUCUGUUACUGGAUAGUGAUACCUGCUGUUAUUCUGCCUGUCUCCAACAUUGCCAUCCUGGUGAUCGCCACUAUUAAGAGCAGAAAAGGAAUGUUACCCGGGAGGAAUGCGCUGAUAACAGUAGGCUGCGUGACCUGGGGUUUCAUCUUCUCUGUUACUCCAGUGGUCGUCAGGAUCGGGAUACAAACCCUCAACCCCUUCUAUCCCAUCCCCAGUUGGUUUGUCAUCAUGUCCCAGGAGUUCUUCUUCCUGAACUCCAUCCUGAACCCUAUUAUCUACACAGCAACUAACAGAAGCUUCAGGAGCUUCCUGGUCAGGACUCUGACGGGCAGACGGAGAGGGGAUGUGAUCAGUUGUAGUGAGAACACGGCCCGGUCACGACCCAACUAUAAUAAUACUGCUGGUGGAGAUGUUGUAGAGACUGCUGUGUUGAGUACGGUUAGUUCUGGGUAUAACAACGCUGUGCAAGUUCCUCACAAGCUACAGUCUCAGUUGUAG